GAUCUGAGCCAGGAUCGCAACAAGGACGACUGACAUGUGGCUGGCAUAAAACGGCGCCGAAGCCCAGCGCAACGCGCGUGCGCUUCGCACAUUGCAAUUGACAUACACGCGCACUGGCGCAUUCCCUGCUGCCCUUCACUGUGACACGGAGACACCACCGACAUGUCAGUCGCAUCCUCAGCACCCGGAGCAGGAGGCUUCCUGAAAUUCAACAAUGGCCCACCCAAAAUCUUCAUGACCGACUCAACGCCCCACCCACCCGAGAAAGCACUCCUCGCUUGGAAAGAAGAAGGCUACGAUGUCACAUACUUCCAGUACGACCCAUCAGAGCAACCCGCCUACACCCGCACCAUCAAGAGCCUCAACAGCGACCUCGAGCUCGGCGAGCACUAUGCACUCAUAGCCUACGGCGCAGCAGCCAGCGUAGUCCUCAAGACCGCCUUGAAGCCGCUGAACAAAUGCUGUGCAAUCGUCGCCUUCUACCCACCCGUCCUGCCCGGCGUGAAAGCGAAAUACCCCGAGUCGACAAACCCGCAAGUCCACGUCGCAGGCAAGAGCCAGACGAGUCCGCACCCGGAAAUGUGCGAUUGGAAGCUAUACCGCUACGAUAACUGCGCGACCGGCUUCGCCGACCCAAACUCCAAGGCCUACUCGGAAGUCGAAGCGAAUCUGGCGUGGAGCAGGGCGCUCGCAUGCGUGCGCAAGGGCUUCAGGAAGGAAGUGGAUCUCGAGCCCGUAGUGCAGAGUUACUGGACCGCCAAGUACGAGGACGACGUACCUGAAAGAGCGAGUAUGAGCGUGGUGAAGAACAUGACGCAGAAUAGUCCGCAUGUUACGAUCUUUCCUACGCUGCAGGGCGGCGUGGGGAGGAAGAAGCUUGAGGAGUUUUAUAGGGAGUUUUUUGUGCCGAGUCUGGUUGAGGGUUUCAAGAUACGGUUGGUUUCGAGGACGAUGGGUGUUGAGCGUAUUGUGGAUGAGAUGGUGGUGAGCUUCACGCAUUCGGAUGAGGUGGAUUGGAUACUGCCUGGUGUCCAGCCGACGGAUAGGUUUGUUGAGAUACCCAUGGUUAGUGUGGUGGCGGUAAGAGGAGGGAAGCUGGUGUCGGAGCACAUGUACUGGGAUCAGGCGUCUGUGCUCGUUCAAGUGGGUUUACUGGACCCGAAGCUGGUGCCGAAGAAGUUCAAGAGUGAAGGGACGAAACAACUGCCAGUCGCUGGAGCUGAGGCCGCGAAGCAACUUGUUGAUCCUCAGCAGGGCAGAUACAACAAGCUGCUGCAGAUGCACGGGCUGUUCGACGGUAUCAAUGGAAACUGAAGGAGCUGUCUUGCAUGAACAUGGCGU